AUGGGAGGUGGUGAUAGACGGCGCAGCCGUUGUCCAAGCGGCCUUGGCCCGUUACAGUUUAUGAGAACUAGCAUCAUCUUGUUCCUCAAUAAGGUCGACAUAUUCAAACAGAAGUUGACGCGAUCGCUAUUGGGAAACUAUUUCCCGGACUACGCUGGAGGGAAAGAUGUCAACAAAGCAGCAAAAUACCUGCUGUGGCGCUUUAAUCAGGUGAACCGUUCUCAUCUGAAUUUAUAUCCUCAAUGUGGGCCACCCCCUCAUAUGGGCCACCCGCAUAAACCCGCACAAUCAACCGUACCAUUUACUUCGAUACUUGAUAACUCUAUGAAUUAUGGCUCAAAUGUAUUACAAUUUCGCAUGUGCACUCCUGACUCAAUGAAAACCUCAUAUACCGAACAUGACAUCAGCCAGGCACUUGAGGCGGUCGCCAAUGGGAAGUCUAUCCGGAAGGCCUCGAUGGAGUGGGGUAUUCCUAGAGCCACUCUCUUCAACCGCAUGCAUGGCCGGGAAUGUAGAAAGGAUGCAUUUUCUUCCCUUCAGAGGCUUUCCCAGACGCAAGAAAAUAAACUUACCGAAUGGAUUCUAAUCCAGGACGCUCUAGGCCUCCCUCCCACACACUCGCAGAUCAGACAGUUCGCGCAGCGGAUGCUUGCUGUUAGAGGGGACCACGAACCACUUGGAAAACACUGGAUGCAGGCUUUUUUGAGAAGAAACCCUGAAAUUCGGACGCAGAGGUGUUAUCAUAGGGACUCUGCACGUGUUAACGGUGCUUCCACUCAGGUAAUUCGACCUUGGUUUAGAAAUUUCUAUAUUCCCGAGAUUCAGGCCAUUAAGCCAGAGAACAGGUACAACAUGGAUGAAGCGGGCAUCAUGGAAGGCUUAGGGGAGAAUGGUCUAGUUGUUGGGAGUUCGGAGAGACGCUCCGUUCAGAAGAAAACGCCGGGUUCGAGAGCCUGGACGUCCUUUAUCGAAUGCGUGUCGGCUACUGGCUGCGCACUGCCGCCCUUGGUUAUAUUCAAGGGUAAAACCGUUCAGCAACAAUGGUUUCCGCACGACUUAGGCUAUUUCAAGGAUUGGCAAUUCACAGCGACAAAAAACGGCUGGACUUCAGACCAAACUGCGAUCGAGUGGCUUGAAAAGAUGUUCAUCCCCAGGACCCAGCCAUCUGACCCUUCGGAGCGAAGAUUGUUAGUUUUAGACGGGCAUGGAAGCCACGAGUCGGUUGAUUUCAUGUACCUAUGCUAUCAGCACAAGAUUCAUCUACUUUACCUCCCCCCUCAUACCUCACAUGUCCUGCAACCUCUCGAUCUGUCUGUCUUCUCACCUCUCAAGCACUUCUACCGCAAAGAGGUCGGAUUUCUGAGCCUCUUGACCGAUUCGAGCCCGGUCGGCAAGCAAAACUUUCUCAUAUGCUACCAGAAAGCUCGGAGACAGGCGCUGUCUGCAUCAAACAUUAAGGGUGGUUGGAAAGCAAGCGGUCUCUGGCCAGUGUCAGUUGCAAAGCCUCUUUUGAGCCGUCUCCUACUGGAGAACAGUAACAAGGGUAAGAAUAACGCACGAAAAACUACCGAUGAAUUGAGAACUCCUUCAUCUCGCAAAUCUUGGAUGUCGGAGACGUCACAGAUCGCGUGGGCUACUCCUAAGAGGUCCAAAGAUCUCAAGGUUCAGGUACUCCAUUUUAGCCAACUAGAAAGCGAUAUGCCUACGAAGCGAUUGCUCUUUAGAAAGAUUACAAAAGGGUUUGAUGAGAAGGAUAGCCUUCUUGCAAAAGCCCAAUUGCAGAUUCAGGCACUAGAAGCACAGCUAGAGGCUGCCAGACCGAAGCGAAGAAAGAAGGUCGAAACUAGCCCAAAUUCGAGGUUCGCGGAUAUCAAAGCAAUACAGCGCGCACAAGAGGAAAUUGAUGUAGCUGAAAAUAAUGAAGGAGAUGAAGAAGAGCCUGAAGUAUCUGAAAAUGAAGAAAACUGCAUUGUAGUUCAAAUUGAUUAG